AUUUUAGGGAUCAUGGGAUACAAAGAGAACCGAACCGUAGCCACCAUCUUCAUCAUCGUGGGUUUUGAGAGCACCGUUCGGGAGACUGAACUCUUCAUAUUCUGCCUGUUCCUUGUUAUGUAUGUCUUCACUAUCGGAGCCCAUUUCCUUAUUAUAGGACUUGUAGCUAUAGAUAAGCAUCUUCACAAGCCGAUGUACGUGUUUUUGGCCAACUUCUCAGUGGCGGAGAUUGCCUAUGUAACAUCAACUGCGCCCAAGAUGCUCGAUGGUCUCCUGACCAGGAACAAGGAGAUUUCACAUUCGGCUUGUAUGGUCCAGUUUUAUUGUUUCUUUGCAUUUGGAGCCACUGAGAACUGUUUCCUUGUUGUGAUGGGAUAUGACCGCUAUGUAGCCAUUUGUCGGCCAUUGCAUUAUGCUACCAUGAUGGCCAAAAGGACGAGCCUUGGCUUGACAAUUGCCGCCUGGACAAGCGGGUUAAUGGCGGCUGCUUCUCCUGCUCUCUGGAUUGCUUCCUUGAAGUUUUGUUAUCCCAACCAAAUCGACCACUUCUUCUGUGACUAUGCUCCUCUCCUGAAGCUCUCCUGCGAGGACACGUCCAAAGGCGAAUUAGCCUUUACUGCCGCAUCUUGGACUAUAAUAUUAGGUUCCUUUUUUCUCACCUUAGUGUCUUAUGUCUAUAUAAUCCACUCUGUUCUAAAAAUUCCUUCUGUUGAAGGACAGAAGAAGGCUUUCAGCACUUGUGCGUCCCACCUUACAGUAGUGUCCAUAUUUCAUGGGACUAUUAUCUUCAUGUACAUACGUCCCUCCUCCACCAUCCGGUUCACUUUUGACAAGGUGGUGUCUAUCUUCUACAGUGUGGUGACUCCACUCAUGAACCCCAUCAUAUAUUGUCUGAGGAACAAGGAUGUUAAUAAAGCCUUGGACAAGGUAUUACAGAAAUGUGGCGCUUGA